AUGAUGUUACGUACAUUCAUGGUAGUCAUAUUAAUAUAUGCACCAAUUUCGGAAUCAUUGAUAUCUGGGAAGUCUCUCAUGUGUGUUAAAACAGAUUCUGAUACCUACAACAAAGCUACUUGCCAAAAUCGUUUGCACAGUGAAGUGCAAGUAACAUACCAGGGCAUCGACGAGAAGUACGUUUUUAGAUCUGAGGAAGGCGGUGAAGGCAUCCUUUUGACGUUGAAAAGUGGUGAUGUACAGUUGAUUUACGAUUUAGAUUAUCAUUUGGACGUGCCAUUUUACUACAUAGAAAAGAAUGUUGACUUUUCUUGGAGUGGAGAAGGUUCGCAUUGUUAUUCUUCCUGUGCUGAUGCACCGCUCGAUGGAUGUUCUAUUGAGAGCGAUUUGCCAAAGUCAAGUGUCAAUCAAUUUCCCUUUGGCAUUUGUUGCCAAUGUGGUAAAAAUGCCCUUCCUUCGUCCCACCGUGCCAAUUUUUCUUGUAACACUGUGUUUGAGGCAUUCCAGUCCAACAUAUGCAUGUCAAAGUCCUGUUUAAAGGCGGUAAACCCCUGGUAUUCUGUAUCUAGUAUAGUAUAUCCGCCAAGAUAUGUUAGAAACCUCAAUGUUACGAUACAAAAUUUAAGCGACUUAAAUGACGUGUUUACUUGUACAGUAAACGAUCAAAAUAGAAUUUGCAGGGACGACAGGCGUGAUAUAUCUAUUACUCUCAAAUGGAGUAAAUCUCAAGAUGGUCAGGAGGCUCCUCUCAUCGAUAAUUAUAUAUUUAUACCAUCAUUUCCGCCUGACGAUCCAAAGGUUAUAUCAUCAACAAUAAAGACCAACUGUGGUUUGAGCGAUCAAGAUGCACAAAAUGGAAAAUUAUUGGGGGAAGCGUGCCUAAAAUAUGCUGUAAGUGUAGAAAAUGAUGCUGUGGAUACAAAAGGGACCAGUUGUAACAAAAUCGGAAUAUCACCAUCCCAUUGGGGAAGGGAGGAACGUCUUUGCAAUUCUCCAAAGAAUAGUUGUGUCAAUAAUCAACUUGGAUGGUACCUUAAAGAAUUCCCCCAAAAGUCGAAAUUGCCAAAAGUUUACGGCUCCAGUCCUCUAGCACACUUUGGUACUGUUUUGGACGACGAUGAUAGUGAUGAGAUGAUUCGGGCCAUCUCAUAUACAGUAUCAAAGCCACAUGUUUCUGCAGUUUUAGUAGAUACUAUGCAGGGCUCUUUUGUUGAAAUAAAACAGUUUUCAGGUGCAGCAAUUGCUUUUGCCAGAUUUACAGAGUGCAACGGCAUGAACCAUUGUUUUGCAGAUGUUGGGAUUUUAAACAGCUCUGAAUCGAUAUCCCAUGUACAUUUAAAUCUAAAGUGUACCAUCGCAGGUGGAUCUGCGGUUUUGGGUGAAAGUGAACAGGUGACUAUCCAGAUUGAGCCCAAAAACACCGUCACAAGGAGGGUAUUGAUUAAUGUGGCUAACUAUAAAAAUGCGCAAGGUACUUGUAAUGCGGUGAUUUUAUCGCCACAAAAGGAUAUUGUUGACACGUUAGAUUUUGCUCUAUAUGUAAAUAUACCCGAAAAGAAUAUUGGUCCUGAUUCCCAAUCAUUUGACUCUUAUGCAAUAGAACAGGAAGAAGGUCAUCAAGUGAUAGAGGAUUCCUAUGCCGAAAAUGUUUGUAAUUGUGGCUGGUACAAUCCCAUCUGUUAUUUACAGAAUUUUGGUACGUGUAUCUGGGAUGGUUUUAACAGAAUUUACAAAGUCAUAGUGAUGGUAUGUGCCAUAGCACUUGUUAUUAUAUUUAUACCCUUUGUUGUAGCCAUAAUAAGGUGGGUUAGGAGCAGUAGUUAA